GACAGUUGCUUCACGGAGUUCCAACGAGCAGUAACAUCCAGUUAGGAGGAGAAAAAAAUACAUUAUCACUCUUUAUUGUUUACAUCUCAUGAAGACAAACAUGAUGAUCGCUACGCUUCUGGCAGUCCUAGGUUCUUUCCAUGUUGCCUCAGGAGUGAUCCACACUCAUCAGUAUUUCUAUACUGCCACGUCUGGCAUCCCAAACUUCCCAGAGUUUAUAACUGUUGGUGUUGUGGAUGGCCAACAGAUUAACCACUAUGACAGCUUCACAAAGAGAAUGGCCCCAAAAGCAGAGUGGGUCGCUGCUGCAGUAGACUCUGAUUUCUGGAACAGAAACACUGAAUUGGCUGUUGGAGCUGAGGCAGUAUUUAAAAACAACAUAGCUGUUGCCAAAUCCCGCUUCAACCAGACUGAAGGUGUGCACACGUACCAGACGAUGUUAGGCUGUCAGUGGGAUGAUGAGAGUGAAGCUGUCGAUGGAUAUAUUCAGUAUGGUUUUGAUGGAGAAGACUUUAUCACACUGGAUCUGAAGAACCUGAGAUACAUCGCAUCAAAGCCACAGGCUCUCAUCACACAAAACAAGUGGAACACUAACAGGGGUUUACUUGAGAGUGAUAAAGCGUACUACACCAAGGAGUGCAUUGACUGGCUGAAGAAGUAUCUGAAGUAUGGGAGCAUCACUCUGGAGAGGACAGUCCGGCCUGAGGUCACCCUCCUCCAAAAAGGCUCGAGAGUGGUGUGCCAUUCCACUGGUUUCUAUCCUGACGGAGUGAUGAUCACGUUGAAGAAGGAUGGAGUGGACAUGCAUGAGGACGUGGAUAUGGGGGAGACGCUGCCCAAUGAGGAUGGAACCUUCCAGAAGAGAGCCGAGCUUACAGUGUCACCUGAGGAGAGGAAGAAGGGAGAGUUCACCUGUGAGGUGGCCCACAAGAGCAGAGAGCCCAUUGUUAAGAUCUUGAUUGUGGAAGAGGGCAGUAACCUUGUACCCAAUAACCUUGGCAUCAUCAUUGGCUGUGUCAUCGCUGCUGUUGUUGUGAUCGGUGGGGUUGUUGCGGUUGUCUUUUUCAUGAUGAAGAAGAAGGAAGACUACAAGAAGGCCGAGCAGUCCGAUUCCGGUUCUGAUACCUCUGACCCCAAGGGAGGAGCUGAGCGUGUUGAGUGCUGAUCAUGAAGAUUGAGGAACGAUGAAGAAUCGUGCAAAUCAACAGAUUGAUUUUCUUAAAUAGUGUGAUUUAUCCAUAAUGUUCAGAUUUCAGCUUUAUUUUCUUUAUUCUGGUGUUCAGCAAUAACUCAUCCUUUUCAAUUCUGCUGUAUAGAUUGUAGAACAUGUUUAGUGGCUGGUAAAUCUACACAAUUUACAAAAUCUGGAAAGAUUCUUCCACCAGAAAUCAAAUCUAAAUAUCACAUCUAGCAUCUUAGUGGAGCCACUGAUUGAAAUAUAAUGAUAAAAGGUAUUGUGCUUUCUUUAAAUUAAUUGUGAUGGUUUGCAGUUUCAGCCUCUUAAAUGGGUGGUGGGAAGUGGGGAAAUUAUUGAUACUUUACUAUAGGAAGGAAUAGUGAUCCACCAUGCAAAAAGUAUUUUUUAUUGUCCUGUGAGCAGCUCAAUAUGAUUCAAUAAACAGGUAAUUACAGACAAGGUUAUAAAUUCAAAAUUGUGUACAAAGUUGAAGUGGUGGACAAUGUAAAUGAAUUGUAAUGGACUGCUUUAAAAAUAAAUAAAGUCUACCAAAUUGGAA